AUGCCAAUCAGCAGCCGAAGCCACCUCGGAGCCCGGCCGUUAGGUGCAGCGUUUUCCGCUGAGGCGCGGGUUGCGGCCGCCCGAGCCGAUCCAUUUGCCGGAGCCGACCGUCGGCCGCCAGCCCAUGAUGCAGCCUCGCCCUCUUGUGACCGGGCCAAUGAAGCCACCACCCGACCGCCAGCCCAUGAUGCAGCCUGGCCCUCACUUCCCCAAAACGUGCCGAUCCUAUCUGGCAUCGCUACCCCACACCACGACAAUUCCGUUCCGACCCCCGUGGUCGAGCUGUGCAAGCCGAAGGGUCAAGUUGCCGGAACGCGAGAAGCUUCGCACAGGGAAUGGCUCAUG